AUGGCGGCUCGUGCGAUGCCCCUUGUGCUGGCCUUUCCAGGCGUGGCCUCCAGGGUAAACGUGAGCCUUGCGCCUCGCCGCCUACAGGAUACCUACACCUUCUUGACAUCGCAGCUGAACUGCCAGAUGUGCUGCGAGGAGGAGUGGCGGUCGUGCCUUUGCAUGCUGAGUUGCGACAUUUUCCAGGGCGAAUGCGAUGGUGUUGAGGAAGUGGAGACGUGCAACGUGGUGCGUGCGUGCUACAGGAGGAUCGACGAUGCUUCCCCAAGAGGCUUCGACUUCGAGUGGCAAUGUCGUUUAAUGAAGUGCAUCUCCUACUGCCUGAGGCACGCGGAGGUUUGCGAGCCAAUCCGAAACGACUUCGUCGCGGACUGCAACAGAGGCCGUGAGGGCGAGCUUCACGCGUGUGAUGUGGUGUGCUCACGGGUGCGGCCAAAUGCGUUACUGCCGUGGACGCUUCUCGCCUUUCUGGUGAUCGCCUGCACCGACUUCUCGUGGCACCCUCACCCGGUGUCAGAAGUGGGCGGCACGAGCUCCGGUCACGAAGUGGACGCAAAGGAGCUGAGCACGCCGGAAAGAAAGAGCCGUGAUGCUGAGAAGACGAUUGGCACGGGCAAGGGGGGGCCCCCACCUCGCCGCUGCUCCGACAUGUUCACAUAUGGGGGGGAUAGCGAGAAGAUGGGGAAGGGUUCGAAGAAGGCGCUCAAGCAUCUCACAGCCGUUCUCUCAGGCCUGGGGCGAAGCUUGAGAUGGCCGGAGGCCCUGCGGCUCUUCCGGAAGAGCCAGGAUCGUGGCCGUGGGGACACCGCCCUUUGCAAUGCUGUCAUUCGGGCACUCGGAGAAGGAGGCUGCUGGGAGCAGGCACGUCAAGUCUUUGCAGAAAUGCAGAGAGGCAUUUCGCCUCCUCCCGACAUCAUCAGCAUCACGAGCUUGAUCACUGCUUGCGAAAGAGGCCGCAGAUGGCAGUACGCAGUCCGUUUGGUGGCUCGCGAGCUGAGCGGAGGCAGCGGAGGAAGCUUCGCCGACUCGAGCGUCUGCAGCGCUUUAGUCAGCGCCUGUGCGGCCUGCCAUCAAUGGGAACAGGUCCUGGAAGGCCUUCGAGCGAUGCGCGGCCGGGACUGGUUGCCAUCGCCCGUGGCCAUCUCGGCCGGGCUGGCCGCCUGCUCCCGCUCCUUACACUGGCAGAGGGCUUUGGAGCUCCACGAGGCAUACAAAUUCGAUGGAGGACCGGCCAACGAGGCAGUGUAUGGGGCUGCUGUUCACGCCGCAGGACAUGGCCAUCAGUGGCAAACUGCAUUGCUUCUUCAGAGAGAGAUGCUGUCUCUGUCAUGCCGGCCAAACAUCGUGGUCAAGAACUCGCUGCUCAGCUCGCUCGCAAAGCUCGGGCACUGGCAGCUGGCCAUGUGCGUCUUUGGAGAGAUGGGCCCUUGCCAGCCGGAUGUGAUCUCUUUCAACACGGCCAUGUCCGCCUGUGAGAGAGGAUGGAUGUGGACGGCAGCGCUUCAGCUAUUUGCACGCAUGCGCAAGGACCGGGUAAAGAUCAGCAGCGUCAGUUGCAAUGCGCUUCUCUCGGCGUUGGAGAAGGGCCAGCAAUGGUCGCAGGCCAUCAGCUUCUUGGACCGCAUGCAGCGGCGGCGCCUACACAACCAGGUGUCUUUCAACUGCGCGGCUUCAGCCUGUGAGAAGGCAUUGCGAUGGCGGACCGCGCUGCUUCUCCGAG